CCACUCAGAACGCUGUUGAUUAAGUUUGAUUUAUGAAAACUGUUUUCGAGGCGAUCUGGAGAUUUCUUGGAGACUAUUUGGAUAUUAUUGAUUGCUUUGAGAUUUCCCGCCGGUUUUGGUCAUGAUGCGGAGAUCAUGCGGAGGAAUGCUGCUGCUCGUGCACGCGCUGGGGCUCGUUCGUGCUCAGUUCCCGCGCGCGUGCGUGACGCCGGAGGGCCUCGGGAGCGCGCAGUGCUGCCCAUCCCCGUCCGCUCUGGAGAGUGACCCGUGCGGCGCGCGCUCCGGGCGCGGGCGGUGCGUGGACGUGCGCGCGGAUGCGCGUGCACACGGCCCGCAGUACCCGUAUGAUGGGCGCGACGAUCGCGAGCGCUGGCCGCGGCGCUUCUUCACGCGCACGUGCCGCUGCAGCGGGAACUUCGGCGGCUUCGACUGCGGCGGCUGCGCGCACGGAUUCACCGGAGACGCGUGCGAGCGGCGCGUGCCCGUGGUCAGGAGGAAUGUGAUGCAGCUGCGCGCGGAGGAGAAGCGCGCCUUCGUGAACGCGCUCGAUCAGGCCAAGCGCGCGCCGCACCCGGACAUCGUGAUCGCGCCCCGCUGGUACUCCGAGAUCUUGGGGCCGGACAACAGCACGACGCAGUUCCAGAACAUCAGCAUCUAUAACCUGUUCGUGUGGACGCAUUAUUACUCGGUCAGCAAGACGUUCCUCGGGGCCGGGCAGGACAGCUUCGGCGGAGUGGACUUCAGUCACGAGGGCCCCGGGUUCCUCACCUGGCACCGGUACCAUCUACUGCAGCUGGAGCGAGACAUGCAGGACAUGUUAGGAGAUCCGAGCUUCGCUCUGCCGUACUGGAACUUCGCCAUCGGCGGCAGCGAGUGUGACAUCUGCACAGACGAUCUGAUGGGCGCCCGCAGCUCCUUCGACAGCAGCUCCAUCAGCUCCAUCAGCCCCAACUCCGUCUUCUCACGCUGGAGGGUCAUCUGUGAGAGCGUGGAGGAGUACGACACGCUGGGGACCAUCUGCAACAGUUCGGAGAGCAGUCCCAUCCGCAGGAACCCCGCCGGUAACGUGGCCCGUCCCAUGGUGCAGCGGCUGCCCGAGCCGCAGGACGUGGCGGCGUGUUUGGAGCUGACCGCCUUCGACUCUCUGCCCUUCUACUCCACCUCCUCCGACAGCUUCAGGAACUCCAUCGAGGGUUACAGUGCUCCUCAGGGGAACUACGACCCCGCGGUACGCAGCCUGCACAACCUGGCGCACCUGUUCCUGAACGGGACGGGCGGACAGACGCACCUGUCGCCCAACGACCCCAUAUUCGUGCUGCUGCACACCUUCACCGACGCUGUGUUCGACGAGUGGCUGCGCAGACACGCUCCUGAUGCUUCCAUCUACCCGCUGGAAAACACGCCCAUCGGACACAACCGAGAGUUCAACAUGGUGCCCUUCUGGCCACCGGUGACCAACGCAGAGAUGUUCGUGACGGCGGCCGAAAACCUGGGAUACUCCUAUGAGGCCGAGUGGCCCGCUCGUCCACUCACACCGACGCAGAUCGUCACCGUUGCCGUGGUUGCUGCACUCAUCGUCGUGGCGAUUAUUUUCGCCGCCAGCACGUGUGCGGUUCGUUCGCGCGCGUACAGGACUGAGGGACGGCAGCCGUUGCUAGGAGACCAGUAUCAGCGCUAUGACGACCACGACAAAACACAGUCUGUCGUAUAAACACUUAUACAGCAUAUAAACGUGUAAUAUUAUCAUGCACCUUUCUGAGUGACUGGUACAAACAGGUGCUUUUUUGAAUAUCACAUACAGUAUAUUGUCCCCUAAUAACACUGAAAUAGAAAUAGAGUUUGACCAUCAGUAUUUCAUUACAGCUGUUUAAAAAGAUAUAUCUUUGGACUUUAUGUAAAAGUUUAAUUAUGAAUAAUAUAAAGUCUAAUGGUGAAAAUAUUGCAAUAA